AUGGAUUCAAGCAAUUCGCAUUUCCCCAGUGAGCCAAACUUGUCGCUGAGCUUCUUGUCUUCUGCAUUAAACUUUGAAACUGGGAAAGUACUCCGAAAUGGCCUUCUAGAACUUUCCCGCGGUGUCAAAACCGAUGUCAUCAACUCUCAAUCCUCUGCGAUGGAGGCGGACUUUAUGGAGGCCUUGGAAGAGGGACUGAAGCUCUGUAUGCUACCUCACCACAGUGUGAAGCCCACUGGUCUCGAGACGGGCGAUUUUUUGGUCAUAGAUUUGGGUGGACUGACGCUUCGUGUGGCAGUCAUUUCAAUCCAUCCGCACUCUGGCCUUGUAGAUAGUUUUGAGAAUGACAAUCCUCUGGAAUUAGCGCCGCGUUUGAUUGCACGAGGUUCGGACUCUUCAGUGGCCCGUCGGGACCGUAUAGAGAUUGUGGUCUCCAAAAAAUGGAAUAUAUCCAACGCUUGUAAGGUCGUGGACGCCCUGUUCUUCGAGCUCAUAGUCUCCAAGAUCUUUGAGACGCUUCAAGACCAGAGUGUCAUUGCUCUUGAUAAAACAAUUGUUGUGGGCGUGACCUGGUCCUUCCCAUUGGAGACCUGUUCAUACAAUAGUGCCCGGAUCCUGCUGAUGGGGAAAGGGUACGAUCUUACGCCUGAGUUUCGAGGCGCAAAUAUCAAAGAAAUCAUAGAAAGCACCAUGACCAGGCUUCACGGGAUCAAACUAGAAAUUGGAGCAGUCGUCAAUGAUUCAUUUGCUGUUUACGCUGCCGGGAAGUAUCUUGAUAGCACUACAGAGUUGGCAUUGGUAUUGGGCACAGGAUUCAACAUGUGUUAUCAGUUGACUUCAGCUUCUAAUUUUCAUGACAUCAAGAGACUUGAUAACGAGCCCGAUAUUCUUUUCAAUACUGAGAUGUCUUUUUUUGGGGUUGGACUUGUUGACCUGUUCUCGAGCAAGUACGACUACUACAUAGAUUCUCACUUCGGCGCCACCCCGAAGUUCAAGCCGCAUUUAAGUACAGAUCCCGCCACAAAUGCCAUUUUCCAGCCAUGCGAGCUUCUUUGCUCCGGUAGAUACAUUGUGGAGCUCGUACGGUUAGUGGUAGUUGACUUAAUUAAAGCUGGAGAGAUUUUUCCCAACCAAAAGAACCACAGCGCCACCUCCAUACCUUAUGAGAGCAUCACUGGAGAGUUUCUUUCUCAUUUGAUGGACGUUCAGGGUACAACAGACCUCGUAGAGCAGUACUUCGAUUGGGCUUCAGGGCUGGUUCUUGAGUCUGAUGUCACUAAGUUAAGAUCGGUAGUCCAGGCAAUUAUUCAGCGGUCAGCUGCAGUUGUAGCAGUUGCUGUCAUUGCAUCAAUCAGGCUCAUUACUCGAUGCAAUGGACCUUUCAGAGGUCUGGAGAUAACUAUUGGGUACAUUGGCUCAGUGAUCGAGCAUUUGGAUCACUUCCGAGAAACAUUGACGAAAUUUGUGAAUCUGAGCCCGACUCUCACUGAAUUAGGCAUUAGCAUCAAAUUGAGGCAUGUAAAUGAUAGCUCGCUUGUUGGCGGGGCCAUCGCAGCUGCAUGCAGCCUCCCUAGUCAUGAAUAG